UCCCCGCCCACCGCCUACACCGGCCAACGGCGGUGCCAAAGCCUCUGAGUCUGGAGGCGACUCAGGCGAGAGCCCUCGGCAUCGCACCGUCCCCCGGCAGCCGGCCAUGGAGCCCGCGGCGAUGGACCGCAUCGCCACCCGCCUCUCCGCCGUCGAGGGCCUCUACUUCCCCUCCUCCUUCCUCUCCUCCUCCCCCGCGGCGGGCCCUCCCUCCUCGCCGCGGCGCCGGGCGGAGCUCCGCGCCCUCCUGGCCCGCGACGCGCCGCUCUUCCUCGAGCGGUACGGCUCCGCGCUCUCCGCGGGCGAGCUCGCCGCCUUCGACGCGCUCAGCCCGGACUACGAGGUCGACUGGCACCUCCGCCGCCUCCGCGCCGCCGCGGCCGGGGCGCCGCCGCCCGCCGCGCGGGUGCGGAACCGCCGCCGCGCCUACCUCGACCGCCUCGUCCGCGAGGGGGACUACUUCUCCGAGGAGGCCAUGCGGGAGCGGGAGCCCUACCUGCACCACGAGUACCUGGGCCGCUUCCAGGACCCGCUCGGCAGGGCCAUGGCGCGCCCCGGGGAGAGGUGGUCCGAGACGCUGAUGCGCAGGGCCGAGGAGGCCGUCAUCGUGGAGAAGAUACGAGGGGAGCAGAUUAGGAGAGGGGUUGACCCCAGAGAGUGGGUCGGUGGUGGCCCUGAGGAGGCGAUGGAGGAGCAGGAGGAAGAAGAAGAAGAAGAGGAAGAGGAAAAGGAAGAAGAAAUUUCGGAAGAAAAGGGGUCAGAGGUCGACAAGCCCAUUGCGACUGAGGAAAUGAUUUUUUCUCCUUUAUGUAAUUGCAGGUGGUUGCAAACGGGGUUGCCCCUGUGGACUCCUGCAAUGGGGGAGGUUCUGCUGCAGGGACUUUCAAGCAAACGUUAUCUUCUGAAGAAAUGCAGGAUCAGCUGGAGCAGUUCACAUAUAUGAUGCAACAGAAAUUCCUGUCUGGUGAAGACACUGAGCAUAUGGACUAUUCUCAGAUCGAUAAUGAUGAGAUGCUGGAUGACCAUUGGUCCAGGGAAGCCAACUAUGACGCGGAGGAGAAGUAUUUCGAAGAAGAUUAGCAAACGAGAGGAUUCUGUUCUUUUCAGAGAAGAAAUACAGCAACGUCUGUGCUGUUCGAGUUGGGACCUCUUACACUCUCUUAGCAUGUACAUACAUGUAUUGUCUUUGAUAGUGCUCUGUCCUUGCAUUAAUCUCAUAAUAAUGUAUUGAUCUUAUAAUAAUGUAUUACUGAUCAGAGCCAGUCUAGUCUCAUGCAGACAUGGAGCAUUUGUGCCACUUCCCCUUAAUAGAAAUAUAGAUUAUCUUACGUUA